AUGGUCAAGGUUCUUCUCACUGGCGGCAGUGGCUUCAUCGCUGCUCAUAUAGUAGAAAUCCUUUUGCAGAAUAACUUUGAUACUGUGGUGACUGUUCGAUCGGAGGAGAAGGGCAAGCGCAUUAUUGAUGCUCACCCCGACACACCCAAGGGAAAGCUUUCAUAUGUCAUUGUCAAGGACGUUGCGGAGGAUGGAGCUUUUGACGAGGCUGUGAAAUCAGACCCCCCAUUUGACUACGUCCUCCACACGGCAUCGCCUUUCCAUUUUAAUGUUGGUGACCCUGUUAAGGAUUUCUUAGAUCCCGCUAUUAAGGGAACCACGGGAAUUCUUAAGGCGAUCAAAGCCCAUGCUCCCUCCGUGAAGCGUGUUGUAAUCACAUCAUCCUUUGCCGCGAUUAUCAACAGCAAACAGCACCCGAAGCUCUAUAACGAAACAGUGUGGAAUCCCAUCCUCUGGGAGGAAGCCCUGGAUCAUGCUAAUGUCUACCGAGGCAGUAAAACUUUCGCCGAGAAAGCGGCCUGGGACUUUGUUGAGAAAGAAAAGCCCAACUUUGAUAUUUCCACUAUUAAUCCACCACUGGUUCUGGGACCAAUCGUUCACUAUUUGAAUUCUCUGGAUUCACUCAACACCUCCAACCAACGAGUACGAGACCUGAUCCAGGGUAAAUUCAAAGAGUCACUUCCACCAACCGGCACCUUUAUCUGGGUCGAUGUGCGUGAUGUUGCAUUAGCACAUGUUCAGGCAAUCAAAGUUCGGGGAGCAGGUGGCCAGCGAUUCUUUGUUGUCGCAGAUUACUUUUCCAACAAGAAGAUCGCUGAUACUAUUCGAGAGACACACCCUCAGCUGGAAUCAAAGCUACCUCCUGCAGAUGUGGCGGACGACUUUCCCGGUAAUAUCUUCCAGAUUGAUAACAGCAAUUCCAGACAGAUUCUGGGAAUCGAGUAUAAGCCUUUUAAGGAGACAAUCUCGGACACAGUCGAUUCUUUGUUAGAAGUUGGUGCUUAG